UACAUGUGUGCGUGCUCAAGAGUGUAGCGUCGAUCGCGAAAGCAUACAAAACCAGCGACAACUCGAUAAAGUUGGCAAAUCACUCAUAAAAACCCUCCCCACUGGAAACAACAAUUGUUGCUGUCAAAUAUCUUGCAAAAGCCCCGGUUCGACUAAAAUGCCCACGACAAUUUCACUCAUCCCCGAGUAAAAAUUCCCCUUCAAGUACAUCAAGCAGUUCCAAGUGAGGUUAAAGUGUGACUAACGAGUGGGAACUAGUACUAGAAAUAGAUUUUAAACGAACCAUCGCUGUCGCCUAUUCAGCCGGUCUAUCAGAGUGAAGAUAAUCCCAAAAAAUCAGGAUAAACAAUAACCAAGGAAAUAAGAUUUUUCAUAAAAACGGGGCCAGCCGAGUUCUUGUUCUGUGCUGCUGCCUAUACCGUUCGUUGUCAUUUGAAAACGGAAGCCAUCUUGUGGCUGAGUCUCCCAUAUUAUAAUCUCAAAGGGGGAACCAAAGAGAAUUCACCAUCCCGAGCUGAUAAAUAAUCACACAACUGAUUAAAAACAAUCAAAAUAAUCCCAAAAACCAGUCUGUCAACACUAUAACUGUCUAAUUCGGACUAUGUAUAAAUCAUUUGGCCAUAUGUUUACAUAGCCAUGGCUGCGACGAGAAAGUUGCAAGGUGAAAUAGACCGGUGCCUUAAAAAAGUGACCGAGGGUGUUGAUACAUUCGAGGAUAUUUGGCAAAAGGUUCACAAUGCGACAAACAGCAAUCAGAAAGAAAAAUACGAGGCCGAUCUCAAGAAGGAGAUCAAAAAAUUACAGAGGUUACGUGAUCAAAUCAAGAGUUGGAUUGCCUCGGGGGAAAUUAAGGACAAAAGCACAUUACUCGACUACAGAAAGUUGAUUGAAACGCAAAUGGAGAGAUUCAAAGUUGUCGAGAGGGAAACUAAGACAAAGGCCUACUCUAAGGAGGGCCUUGGAGCAGCUCAGAAACUCGAUCCAGCGCAGAAGGAGCGAGAGGAAGUUAGCAAUUGGCUUGCUAACUCCAUUGACGCUUUGAAUCUGCAGCUGGACACAUUUGAAUCCGAAAUAGAGUCCCUCCUUGCUGGUAAGAAAAAACGACUGGACAAGGAUAAACAGGAUAGAAUGGAUGAGUUGAAGGGUAAAUUGGAGAAGCAUCGAUAUCACAUUCGUAAAUUGGAAACCCUACUGAGAAUGUUGGACAAUAUGUCGGUGGAAGUCAAUACAAUAAAAAGGAUAAAGGACGAUGUCGAGUAUUACAUUGAGUCAUCUCAAGAGCCAGAUUUCGAGGAGAAUGAGUACAUUUACGACGAUAUCAUUGGUCUUGACGAGGUGGAGUUGUCGGGUGUGGGCAUUCCAUCAUCAGCAACGACUGACAGUAAUAACAGUAAUGAAACUGGCGGUACGCCUACAUCGACGAAUUCAGGAACAUCGCCAAUCCCAUCACCACCACUGAGUUCAACGAUGCACAAUCAUUCGAGUGAUAGUUCAACCGAUACGGAUAAAAAGACGAAAGAUGAAUUGUUACAGCCGGUGAAGCCAACAGCAGUCCGACCCCUUCUGAAUUCGUCUCAGACGAGCAUUCCAGCAGCAGGACCCACUGCCAUCCAGAAACCACCAAUGUUAACAAGCAGCACACCAAGCAAAAUCAUUCCCAUGACAUCGAGCCACAGUUCACCAAUAUCAACAACAUCAAAUCACGUGUCAACGAGUAACGCCGGUAAUUUUGCAACGGUUGCUGCAUCGCACACCAAUUCUCAAGCAAUUCACUCUACCUCCACUAAAAUUUCAUCCCACAGCAGCGAGAACGGCUUGUCCUGUUUGAUGACAACGAGCACACCAACGUCGUCGCAGAGCCUCUCCCAGGUGCAGUCCCAAAUUCAACUGCAGACGAGUCAACAGCAGAUUCAGGCCUCGAUCGCUCCGAUACAGCCACCAGUCCAGUCACCCCCACAGUCCCAGGCGCCCGUUCAGCCUCAGGCCAUCCAACCAGUUCAGCAUGUGCAGCAUCAACCCUCGACGCCUCAACCCAUGCCCCAGAUCCUUCAGAACUCAUCCCAAGUCGCACAGCAACAGCAGCAGCAACAACAACAGCAGCAACAGCAGCAGCAACAACAACAGCAGCAGCAGCAACAGGUUCCAGUGUCUCAAAACCCAUCACACCAGAUCUCCAAUCCCUCGAUACCAGUCUCCACGACGACAAUACCAACGGGUCUCGUCCUCGUUCACAAUCAACAGAGUCAAAACCACAACAGCACGACCAGCGAUGAUAUGACGACCCCAGUGCAUCCCGCAGCAUCACCCCAAUCAUCAAUGAGCAGCAGAUCAUCGCCAAUUCCGGCCAAUUCGUGUUCACCAGCGCCAUCCACUGCCAAUGGACUGAUUUCAAAGAUUCCUGAUGGCAUGACAUCGUUGAAAAUCAUCGCACAGAAUGCCAUUGAUCGGGCUGGACUGGAAAUACCACCGGGGGAGACGAGUAGAAAUAUUUUCGACAGUUCUAAGACUAAUACAGCCACCUCUGAGGCGCAUAUCCCUCCUCUCCUUGGGGUCGCACCACUGGGUCCUGUUCCAUUGCAGAAGGAACAUCAACUGCAGUUCCAGAUGAUGGAGGCUGCCUACUAUCACAUGCCGCAUCCCUCGGAUUCCGAGAGACUCAGGUCGUAUUUGCCCAGGAACUUGUGCCAGACACCACCGUAUUACCAGCAGGUUCCUCUACCGCAUUCAGAUACCGUUGAAUUUUUUCAACGACUAUCGACAGAAACCCUAUUCUUCAUAUUUUACUACAUGGAGGGAUCGAAGGGACAAUAUUUGGCAGCCAAAGCAUUGAAAAAGCAAUCGUGGAGGUUUCACACUAAAUACAUGAUGUGGUUCCAGAGGCACGAAGAGCCCAAAGUAAUUAACGAGGAAUAUGAGCAGGGUACAUACAUCUACUUUGAUUAUGAAAAAUGGGGACAACGCAAGAAGGAAGGCUUCACUUUUGAGUACAAGUACUUAGAAGACAGAGAUCUUAAUUGAACGAAGUGGAAAAACAUUUGCCAAGGAGGUGUCCAGCAUAAAAACAACACUGCACUAAUUCUGUAUCGGUAUUAAACCAAGAGAACACGCGAACUCCAAAAGUCGUUAGAGAAACAGUAAAAAAAAUCACAGUGGAGAGAAGAAAAUUGUUAUUUUCUAGAACUGCAUAUAUUUUUCAUCGUACGAAUAAUUUAUUCGUUGAACAAUUGGGAUUUAUUCCGAUACAAAAAAUCAUCCUCGUGUGUGUAAACAACUGAAUUCUUCAAUGCUUUGGUAAUUUCCCGGGGUGUCAUGGACAAAACAUUAUUUUCACUUUUAUUUUUCAUGAGAUAGGAAAGAACGAGGAUUGAAGAGAUGAUUAGAAUGAAGACAGACGGAAUUAAGACGACGACGAUGACGAAAUUGAAACGAAGAAAGUGCGUACUUGGAGCCAUAAAAUGGAGAUGAUAGCGGAGAAAAAAAAUUUAAACACCGCGAAACGACAGUUUACGAUUAAAGGAGAGCGGUGUGUGAUAAAAACAAAAAAAAUGAGAUGAAUGAAGAAGAACAUGAAAUAACAAUGAUGAAUAAAAGGUAUAUACUCGCUGGCGACUGACUCUGUAAUACCAGUACAAAAUACAUAUGAGGUGCGACCGAA